AUGCGCUUCCUUCCCCGCCUCGGCCUCUCGGCCGCCCUGGCCAUCGCCGCCUUCCUCAGCUGGAGGCUGCUGCUCCAGACCCCGGCCCACAGGCGCGGAGGUGACCUGGCCCCCAAGGCAGAGGAGGGCUUCACUGUGACACUGGACACCUUCCUUCACGUCCAGCAGCUCAGGAAGAGGAGACUGAGAGCUUUCUGUAGCCAAGCAGGCAAAGUUGCCACACUGGCGAGCAGCCAGGACGAGAAAGCCCCCCUGCUCCCGAGUCUGAGGGUGAACACCAAGCUGGACUUCCUGUACUGCCAAGUGCCGUCAACAGGGGUGGAGGAAUGGCAUCAGCUUUUGGAAAAGCUAGAGGAGGAAAAUGUGACGCUGCCAGUGCCGCUCCCCUACCGCCGGCUGCACGCUAAGGAGACACAGCUGAGCAUGUUCAACCAGACGGAGGUAAAGGCCAUUCUGGGGUCUUACACCAAAGUGCUGUUUGUCAGGGACCCUUUCCACAGGCUGAUCACCACGUUCCUGCAAGGCAUGGGCAUCAGCUCAUCCUUCAGCAGCUUUGUCCAGGAAGUUCUAGACAGUGGAAUGCAAAAUGGCAGCACGGCUUGGAAACCACUGGUCAGCCUGUGCCGGCCCUGCCUCAUCCAGUAUGACUACGUGGUGAUGUUUGGCUUCCUUAGGCAGGAGCUGGGCCACCUGCUGCACCAGGCUGGGCUGCCUGCAGGCAGCCUCCCCCCCGAGCUCACUGACAGCCAGGUGCAGUGGACCUACAGGUGGUUGUCAGAGCAGAUGUUCAGUGAGCUGUCUGCCCAGCAGAAGAAGCAGCUGUCUCAUUUCUACCGCUGGGACCUUGCUGCUUUCCCAUUUUCUAGCAGUUUCCUGUCAGACCGCCCCAGCACCACGAAGACCUGGGAGAAAUAG